CGUCAUUGUUGGGGAAUGUUAAAGAUGGCGCUGGGCGGUCAGAGGAAUGUUGCCGCAGCAACAAGCUGAAGGGAUUUAAUUAAUCUUCCAGCCGGCACCGAGUUCCUCUUUCCUCCACGGACCGAAUACUUCAGGUUCUGAACCCAAAUAUGAGCCCAGUAGACCCGGUCAGAGCCCGGUAACCCUGUGGUGUCCCUCCGGUUAAAAUGGUAGCCGGAUCCUCGGAGAACAACAGAAGCUGCUGCGGAGUUCGGCCCACCGAGCCGGAGGAUCUUACGGCCGGGGUCGAGGCGUCUGUGGCGGACUGAGGGGGUCAUGGAAACGCCGAAUGAGAACGGAGGCUCGGUUUCUGUGGAUCUGAACGAAAACGAAGAUGAGCCGGUGGGUUUGGAGGAGAAACCGGGUCCCAGGACACUGAAGGAGCGCAGCCUGACGCUGCUGGCCGGUGUCAGCGGGGGUCAGGCGGCGGGAUGCACCCGGAAUCCGGUGGAUUUACACGGGAGGAACGCAGCCAGAGACCCGGAGAUCAUACUGGUGGCUACGGAGGACGGGUACCUGUCCGGCCCGGUGGUGUUGGGCGGUGUGAACGGGUUUUUCCUGGAAGCAGGAGGUCCGGUCGCUUCCUGUCCAGCUGCGCCACAGGAGGAAGGAGACUCUUCUCCCCCCCAGAACCAACGCUCUUGUUCAGGGAGACCGAACCGGACCCCCGCGGGUGUAAACAUGUCCAACGGGAUAGCUGACAGUCCUGAGGCGGCGGUCCGGUGUCUGGGUCAGACACUGGGUCAAUGUGAGCUGGGCUGUGAGGAGGUGAAAGUAGCUAACGGUGGUUUGCACAUAAUUGGCCCCGGUUCUGAGUGGCCCGGUUCCGAUUACUUCCCUGUAAACAGACACUCUGACCCUGGGUUCAGGCGGAAUCGCUCCCCCAGCUGGGGCGACCCCACAUCCGGCCCACUAUCUACCCCGGAACCGAGCCCCGGCCCCGCGUCGCCCUGCCCGUCCAGCCCGCUGUCCGACCCCAACACCCGGCAGGAGGACGAGGAGCCGCUCGGUGACCCGGAUGUUCCCGCCAGGCCGCAGAGUCUGAGGACUAACCCCGCAGCCAGCGUGUCCCGCAGCUGUGACGCCACCCCGCUGUCCCCUGAUGAGGACGGGGGGUUCAACUUUGACCCCGAGGCGGGUCGGAGGCAGAGCGCCCCGGACAAGCUGAGCGAGGAGACCGAGGGUUCGGAGCUGAAAGUGAUGCCCAAAAGGUUCGGCAUCGCUGACUUCUUCACCAGGAGCCUGUUUACUAGAAAACCCAAAGAGUCCAAGGCAGCGUCCCACAAUGCAACAGGAUGGCGACUGUUCAGCAAGUCAGAGGCCAGAGAGGAGGACCAGAGCGGAGAGGCGGCCAUGACGCCUCAGCAGCAGGAGGACGAGGACUCGCCGUGUCCACAGCGCCCCCCGGCUGCAGGGAGGAGGAAGAACCUGGAGUUUGAGCCUCUGUCCACCACCGCUCUGAUUCUGGAGGACCGGCCGUCGAACCUGCCGGCCAAAUCCCUGGAGGAGACGCAGAGACACAAGCUGGAGUACGAGGAGAUGGUGGCCGGAGCCAAGAGGAGAGAGAUGAAGGACGCCCAGAAGAAGAAGCGCCAGAUGAAGGAGAGACACCGGCAGGAGGACAGCAUCUCCAACGCCAUGGUGGUCUGGAACACCGAGAUCCUGCCGCACUGGGACGCCAUGAAGGGGACGAGGCGGGUCCGGGACCUCUGGUGGCAGGGCCUUCCUCCUGGAGUCCGAGGGCGAGUCUGGAGCCUGGCCAUCGGCAACGAGCUCAACAUCACAGCAGAACUGUAUGAGAUCUUCCUGUCCAGAGCCAAGGAGAAGUGGAGGAGCUACAGCGAGACGAGCUCGGUCAACGACAACGAGAGCGACGGAGGAGCGUCUCUGGCGGACCGGGAGUCCAGUCUGGACCUCAUCAAGCUGGACAUCUCCAGAACCUUCCCGUCUCUCUUCAUCUUCCAGAAGGGCGGGCCGUACCACGACCUGCUGCACAGCGUGCUGGGAGCCUACACCUGCUACCGACCCGACAUCGGCUACGUCCAGGGCAUGUCGUUCAUCGCCGCCGUGUUGAUCCUGAACCUGGAGGAAGCCGAGGCCUUCAUCACCUUCGCCAACCUGCUCAACAAGCCGUGUCAGAUGGCCUUCUUCAGGGUGGACCACGAGCUGAUGCUGAAGUAUUUCACCGCCUUCGAGAUUUUCUUUGAGGAGAAUCUUCCUCGACUCUUCAGCCACUUCCAGACCAACAGUUUGACCCCUGACCUCUACCUGAUCGACUGGAUCUUCACGCUCUACAGUAAGUCUCUCCCGCUGGACGUGGCGUGCCGGGUUUGGGACGUGUUCUGCCGGGACGGCGAGGAGAGCCUGUUCCGGACCGGCCUGGGGAUCCUGCGCCUCUUCCAGGACGUCCUGCUGCAGAUGGACUUCAUCCACAUCGCCCAGUUCCUCACGCGUCUCCCCGACGACCUGCAGCCGCACACGCUGUUCGCCGCCAUGGCCAACACGCACAUGAUCAGCCGGAACCGCCGCUGGGCUCAGGUGUUCUCCGCUGUGAUGAAGGACGGGAACGUCAGAGAGGCGGAGAAGUCUGGCAGCCCGGCUCUCAGGAGCUAACGCUGCCCUGACAUGGAUCCAGAGACGGCUGGACUUCCUGGUGCUCCCUCUGCUGGCCGGGAGGGGAACCGCUCCAGAACCUCUCCGGUCCAGUUCCUCUCCACUUCCUGCUCCGGGUUCCUGGACCAGCUUUAGCAGUAUUUAUCCCAGAUGAAGGAUUCAGACGCAUCAGAAUGUGCUGCAUGCUUCCUCUGGAUCCAGAUUUCCUCUCAGCACUUUAUUCCUGCAGAACCCAGCGGAACCAUCCCGACGGGCCCUCUGGUUCUGUUUGACCCGCCUGCUGGUCGCCUUCCAGGAGUAAAACUGUGAGCUCCUCCUGCACCAGCACCCAGAGUUCAGCAGCAGCCGCUCCAUCGGGUUGGGGGGGGUUGACCCUGAGAUCAUGUGAAUCAGCGACGAUGAAGAAGCAGAAAUACUGAGGAAGAGCGAGAGAGUCCCUGAAGAACACAUUUUAAUCAUAACUACCAUCUAAAUAUUGUUAAAAACCCAAACGGAUCCGAUCCAUGAGCUCUGAUGGGUUUAAUCCCAUCAGCAGGUCGGAUGCUGAAAAAUCUGAUUUUUUCCUGUUCAUUGAACUCAUCACCAGCAGCACAUUGAUGCUGGGCUCCAACAUUCCCACCGAGCUGCAAGUCCAAACACUCCUACUGGUUCUGGUACUGGUUCUGGUCCUGGUCCUGGUUCUGGUUCUGGUCCUGGUCCUGGUUCUGGUCCUGGUCCUGGUUCUGGUUCUGGUUCUGGUCCUGGUUCUGGUCCUGGUUCUGGUCCUGGUCCUGGUCCUGGUUCUGGUCCUGGUUCUGGUACUGGUCCUGGUCCUGGUUCUAGUCCUGGUCCUGGUCCUUGUCCUGGUUCUGGUCCUGGUUCUGGUCCUGGUUCUGGUUCUGAUCCUGGUCCUUGUCCUGGUUCUGGUCCUGGUCCUGGUCCUUGUCCUGGUUCUGGUUCUGGUCCUGGUUCUGGUUCUGGUACUGGUCCUGGUUCUGGUUCUGGUUCUGGUCCUGGUUCUGGUCCUGGUCCUGGUCCUGGUCCUGGUUCUGGUUCUGGUCCUGGUCCUGGUUCUGGUUCUGGUCCUGGUUCUGGUUCUGGUUCUGGUCCUGGUCCUGGUUCUGGUUCUGGUCCUGGUUCUGGUACCGGUCCUGGUCCUGGUCCUGGUUCUGGUUCUGGUCCUGGUCCUGGUUCUGGUUCUGGUACUGGUCCUGGUUCUGGUUCUGGUCCUUGUCCUGGUUCUGGUUCUGGUCCUGGUCCUGGUUCUGGUUCUGGUUCUGGUACCGGUCCUGGUUCUGGUUCUGGUCCUGGUCCUGGUUCUGGUUCUGGUCCUGGUUCUGGUACUGGUACUGGUCCUGGUCCUGGUCCUGGUUCUGGUCCUGGUCCUGGUUCUGGUCCUGGUUCUGAUGCUGAUCUUGGUUCUGGUCCUGGUUCUGGUUCUGGUCCUGGUCCUGGUCCUUGUCCUGGUUCUGGUUCUGGUACUGGUCCUGGUCCUAGUUCUGGUUCUGAUCCUGAUCUUGGUUCUGGUUCUGGUCCUGGUUCUGGUUGACACCGUGGUUCCUCUCCGGUCCGUUUCCUCCAUGGUUCCGUUUCGCUCUCUGAACCCAAACACCAGUUGGGUUUUCUCACCUCCACAGUCUGAACCAAUGCUGGUUCUACUGGGAACAGGGUGGACCCGAUCGGACCAGCAGAACCACCAGGACCUUUAAAUCCAAGAACCUGAACUGGUUCCUGUUCACAUUUAAAGUUCUGAACCAGAUAAAUUACCUUUGACCUUUGACCUUUUCACACCUGGAGAGCAUCGGAGGAAGGGUCAUUGUUUCCAGGAACAUGUCGGUGGUUCUGGUUCUGGUUCUGUUUGGAGGUAAAGAACCCAGAACCUGGUUGUUCAACACUAGAAGCUUCAGGCAGGAAGUGGUUCUUUCAAAAUAAAACUCAACCAAAGUGUGAAUCUUUACCGAUCAGAAUCUGGAUCAACCCGCUUCGUGUUGGUUCCGGAUCAACACUAACCCGACCAGACGGACCUUCGGUACCGGCAGCAGACGCUCUGACGUUUAAAGUAUUAAACUGUAAAUUAUUAAAUUAUUCAAAUGAAACUAAAAUGGAUUAAAAACUACAAAGAUUUUCUACUGAUCCGGACCCAGAUUAGUUUGUCCCGGUUCUGGUCCCGGUUCUGGUCCCGGUUCUGGUCUCUGCUUGUGUUUCACUAACAGAAUCCACUUUCUCUCCCACGUCGACUUCAAACUGAACUUAUUCCAUCAACAUGUUUUAUUAUUUAAACGUUUCAGCUGUUUUAUAUUUUAUUGUUUGUUUAUUUAGCUUCUGUUUCACUUCAGUGUAUUUUCCCAUAAUGCCUUACAGUUGAUGUAAAUAAACUGUAAAAAUGUUCUUUUUCAUAUGACGCCGCUAGUCUGAUGUGUAAAUAAACAUCUAAGCAAUCUGA